AUGACGGCAACAGUAUACUCCCUUCCUAGUCAAAUCUAUAUCAUCCCAAAAUUUCAAAUUUUAACCCGCUUAUUAUCUCUAGCUACAACAACAGUCGCUACCCCAGUACAAACAACUGCCCCUGCACCUGUUACUGCUACCUCGGUAACAACCACAUCAACCGCACAAGCCACUGCCGCAUCUACCCAACCUAUUGUUACACCGGCUACAGCGCCCGUUGUGGCAGCGACAACAGCACAACCCACUGUUACAUCUACACAAUCCAUUGUUACACCGACUACAGCGACAACACAGCCUGUUGUGACACCUGCAACAUCACCAUCCGUCACUUCUGUUGUCACGACGGCCACAACCCAGCCAAGUGUCACAUCACAAGUUACUAGUACUACAGCGGCUCAGGCAUCACAACCUGCUAAUAUACCAGUGUCAGCGUUUGUGCCAGCCUCUUACAACAUGUCAGGCUUCUCAGACAGAAUGAGUACCAGUGACGCGAACACCUUGUAUGAAAGCCCCUGGGCUAAAACGAUUAAUUUUCACAACAAUUUUGAGACAAGAGCUGAACUAAAAGAUGCCAUAGAGAAUUACGAACCCCUCGGGGAUAUGCUUACAGACGAGUUCCAGUUUCCACUCGUCAAUAUUCUGCUAUUCGGAAGUGUGGGCGCCGGAAAAUCCAGUGUUUUCAACACAAUUAAUUCUAUUUUCCGUGGGAAAAUUUUCAAUGUAGCAAGAAGUGGCAACGCAGAACACAGUCUUACGACAAAGUUCUCCAAAUACCCGGUGAUGUCUUCGGGUAGGACCAUACCAAAACCGCUGAAUUUCAGGAUAUGUGACAUUCGUGGACUUGAACAAGAUCAUCUGAUGUCGAAAGAAAAUAUGCGACUCCUUCUUGAAGGUCACGUGAUGGACAAAUUCCCAUUUGAUCCAAGUGGAACUAUGUCUGCAGACAUGCCGGGGUUCAAGAGACGUCCAGAACUUCACGAGAAGAUCCAUUGUGUUGUUAUUGUUCAAGAUGCAACCAUUGUUGAUGCCAUGCAUGAUCUAAACCCAGAGGUCUCCAAAAAUAUCAAGGACAUGCAAGUUGUUAUGAACAGCUUAGAUAUUCCACAGGUUGUUCUCCUGACAAAAAUAGACAGUGUCUGUGAGAAAACCAAAAACAACAUUGCUGAUGUAUUUCAUAGUCCGUUAGUUGAACGCUGUGUGUCUAAGGCAUCUGAGGCUCUCGGUCUGCCCAGGAAUUGUAUAUUUCCCUUGAAGAACUAUGAAAACGAGUGUGAGCUGGAUGAAAAUAUAGACGUGCUAACCCUUUUUACCAUCAAAAAAAUCCUCGACAACUGUGACGCACAUCUCUUCAACCAUUAUAAGGAAAUACAAGAAAACUACGGUGUACAAAACAGGAGAAAACCGUGAAUCUUCCGAACGUGGUCCAAACAAAGGGAAGCGAUCGAUUUCGGGAUUAUUUACUUUACAAACGUAAUACAUAUAAAAAUCAAGAAAUUGUUGCAGUGGUGGUUUUGAAAUACAACCUUGUACAAAAUAAAAAUACUAUUAAAUAGAUAUUGUAAUAAUGAAUGACGCAUUUGGACAUUAUCGUUACAGAAUAGACAGAUAUUUUAUCAAACAAUUUUAGCCAUGAUGUUAUCCAAUCAUGGUUAAUUUACAAUUCAAGCUUUUUAAACUUAUACAUUGCUAUCACUUUUGAGUAAAUAAUUGGCUUUUUAGAUACACAGUUUCAUUUUCAGUGGAAAGGAGUAUGAUAAAUGUCACGCUACAGCAUGGAAUUGUGUAAGAAAUAUAUUUUAAUAUACAUGGUAUUAAAUGUUUAUUGCUUUUUUAUUUUUUUUUUCAUUUUAAAUUUAGCUUGGAAAAUGUUUCACUGUAGUAUUUUAUAAAGAUCGUUUGUUUUGUCUGCUUUAAGGACAAUCUAUAUAAGAUAACACAGUUUAUAGGUCAGUCCAACAACAAAAGUUUGAAACUGAAAAACUAGUGACCUUAGUCAGUUUUAUUACUAGUUAUUUUUAACAAGGGUUGAACAAUGUUUUUGUUGUUGUUUUUUAUUUUAUUUUUAUUAACCUUGAUAUUAAAUUAAAUUUUUCUUGACAAAUUAUACUGAUGGAAGUGUUAUAUUAUGCAUAAGGUAAAUACACAUUUUACAUAUAACUAUGAUGUCAAACUUUAUUAGAUAUAUGUGAUUAAAUAGAAUAAAAUAUUCGUAUGUUUUAAUUCAUCAGGUCGAUAUAUUUGCAUAUGAAAAAUGUACCAGUUUUUUUUUUAAUAAUUACUCAAAUGAAAUUACUUUGUCGCCGAACAUCCCGCCAUUUGUUGUGCUUUCAAAUGUUUGUGGUAAAUGGCACGUGUAACUUAAAGUGUCGUUUAAUUUCAAUUUGAAUUUAUAUGUUUUAUUUAGUAUUUACACUGAGAAAGGAAAAAGAAAAAACAAGUGCAUUUCUGUAUUAUUAUUUUUUUAUGUUAAAACGGAUUUUUUGCAAAUAUCGAACUUUUAAAAACCGGUACAUAUAUUUGAAAUGUCGAAAAUAGCACGCACUAUGACAAAGGUUCUUUUAUUUGUUUAUAGAAAUCGGACCGUGAUAUGUAAAUAUUUUCAUGUAUAUAUUAUUAAGGAGAGUAUAAACUGUUUUUCUGGUAUAUCGUGUUAGUAUUAAUUUCUUUGAAAUGAGUCAUUUAUUCAUAUAUAUGAUAUUUUGUGAAUUAAAUGUGUAAUUGUA